AUGAAUCUAUUUGCCAUUGUUAGUCCCAGUAGCCCCAUGGUCGCUGCGCGAUACACCCGUUUCAGGGAGCUGCGCCUUGUCGUUCCAAUCAUUGAGAAUGAAACCUGGAGUUUCUCUAAUUUUACGGAUAAUCCUCUCGAGGAACAUGCUGUUCUCGGAACCGAAUACAGGUCUUUUAUGGUAGCUGUGGAGAAUCGAUAUGGAAAAGCUGCCGCUGAGUGGGUUGAAGAGGGAGCGUUUAUUGUUAGAUGGUGGCUGGAUGAUCAAAAGAAGCGAUGGCGCUAUGGACCAUAUCACGAGCAAUCCCUGUAA